UCUGUAUAAAGGCAUCCAGGGGCUUGGUCAUAUCUAGUUCAAUACAGAGUCGAGCAAAUUUACCUCUGUUCUGGCUUGUGGUGAGAGCAUCAAUUUUCAGUAAUUUACCCAGUAAAUUACCAAUUCUCUUGAGAGCCGAGACAUCAAAGCAUUCCAACUGGAUAGCGGAUACUCUGAUCCAGGCUGCCAUUCGGGUGAUGCGUACUGUAGCAGGGCAUGGCUCAAAGGUAUCGAUCAGUCAGAGAAGAGGCGAAGUGUGCAAACCAAAACCCAGAAGUAGGAAUGCUAAGGAGGGAUUAGUGUCCAUAAAUCAGUUCUAUAAAAACCAAUACCAUAUCGUCUGCCACAUCUAUUCAUAACCUACUCAAAUUUUGAAAAAAAGAAGAACGAUGGUGGUGAAAAUCAAAGGCUGCUAUGUUCUGAAACCCUCUACACCAACAUUGCAAGGUAGCCUAGCUCUCUCAGAAUCGGAUCAAGUUGGCACCGUAAGUCAUGUUAGCAUUAUCUACUUCUACAGACCAGACCAAAAUUUUGUCUCACAACCUGACGCCACUGUCAACACUCUCAAAGACUCAUUAUGCCGCGCAUUGGUGCCAUUCUAUCCACUAGCCGGUCGUUUGCAUUGGAUUGGUGGAGGCCGUCUCGAGCUCGAUUGCAAUGGCAUGGGGGUUCAGUUCAUUGAAGCAGAGUCCGAUUCAAAACUCGAUGACCUUGGUGACUUCUCUCCUUCUCCAGAAUAUGACUAUAUUAUCCCCACUGUAGACUACACCCUCCCAAUUCAUGAACUUCCUAUAUUGCUGGUACAGUUGACUAGGUUCAGGUGUGGUGGUCUUAGUCUUGGCUUGACUAUUUCACAUGCUGUUGUUGAUGGGCAAAGUACAUUUCAUUUCAUUUCUGAGUGGGCUAGGCUUGCAAAGGGUGAGCCAAUUGGUGUAAUGCCGUUUCUGGAUCGAAAGGCCUUUCAAGCUCGAACACUCCCAGCUGGAAAUACUCUAGGGCUUGACCACUCAGAGUUAGACCGUCUACCCCUUUUGCUCGGCCAAUCGGAUAAUAUCGAGGAGAGGAAGAAGAAGACCACUGUGGCCAUGUUGAAGCUAACCAAGCAACAAGUUGAGAAACUUAAGCGAAUGGCAAACGAGGGGAAUGAUUACAAUAAUUCUGGCACUAAGCGGGGUUACACAAGGUAUGAGACUGUGGCAGGGCACAUAUGGAGAUGUGCGUCUAAGGCUAGAGUUCACAGAAAUGAACAACCUACGGCAAUGGGAGUUUGCGUUGAUUUGAGGAGUCGUAUGCUACCCCCAUUACCCCAAGGAUACUUUGGAAAUGCCACAUUUUAUGGGGUUGCUAGAAGUCUUGCUGGUGACUUGGUGUCCAAGCCAUUAGGGUACGCGUCGAGUAGAAUAAGGGAGGCAAUCGAGAAGGUGUCGAAUGAUUAUGUGCUGUCCGCCAUUGAUCACUUCAGGAACCAACCGGACUUGACUAGGUUUCAAGACCUUCAUGCUUUAGGGAUUGCCGAAGGGAAUUUUUAUGGAAACCCUAAUCUUGAGGUUGUGAGUUGGUCGACACUGCCUAUAUAUGGGCUUGACUUUGGAUGGGGAAAGGAAAUUUAUAUGGGUUCAGGAACAUAUGAUUUUGAUGGGGAAUCCUUCCUCCUUCCAAGUCCUGAUGGAGAUGGUUCUAUGGUUCUGACUUUGUGUUUACAAGUGGCCCAUAUGGAUGCUUUCAAGAAGCACUUCUAUGAAGAUAUUAUACUGCAUAAGUUAUAUAGCAAGCUAUAAGCUGAGAAAUACAGAGCAGAUAUAUGGAAAAUAUAUAUAUAAUA